AGUCCCUACUUACCGUAACAAGCACUGCGCGGCAGGCACCAGCCUCUCAGAAACUUAUCACCCAAGGAGAGAAGACGUGAAAACUAGAAAAAGGGGUUGACGAUGGUAUCGACCAUCUUUGGAAAUUCCCACGAGAUAUCCCUUUGAGCAACGCCUCUCAUAUCACUCCACGGUCCCAAUUCCGCGUGCCAGCACAGUCCCGAAUUUCAAAAAAGUCUUUCCUUGUAUUUCUUCCUUCUUUCCGCUGCUUUCCCUUUUUCUUUUUUUUUUUUUUUAAAUUGAUGGUUUAAACCUCGGCGGAAGAGAAGAACUCGGGUCCUUCGAGAAGAAAAGAAGAGGUUUUUUGUGAACCGAAAGAUGGAGAGAUUGAGGCUUCGAAUGGGGUCAUUUUUGCUGUGGGUCGCUUUGGUGUAUCAAAGAUUGGAGCUUUGCGCUUCCAUUAACGCUGAAGGAAGGGCUCUUUUGAGAUUGAAAGAGAGUGUGGAAGUCGAUUCCCACGGUGCCCUUUCCAAUUGGAAAGAAGGUGAUGUUGAUCCCUGCUCUUGGUUCGCGGUCGUGUGCUCGGAUGAUGGAGGAGUCGUGGCUCUGAACCGGAAAGAUCUUGAUCUUAAGGGGACACUUGGGCCUGAGCUUGGGAAGCUUAUCCACAUGAAGACUCAGAAUGUUGAGUUUGCAACCAUACGGAGACUUCUGCGAGUAGAUCAUCAUAAUAAAUAUGGACGUGUGCCACCUGUUGCAGCACCACAAUCGCCAACACCAGAACCAUCAUUUCCACCACCAAAUAAAUUUCCAGUUCUAGAUUCCUAUCCUCCCGGGUUUCGAACCUUGACAACAGAAACAGAUCACGGAAAACAUGUGACUUGGAUAAUAUUUGGGUCAAUUGGAGGAGCAUCCAUUCUGCUGGUUUUAUCUGCCAUAUACUUGCUUUAUUGCCGAGCAAAAAGGGUUGUCACCGUCAUGCCUUGGACAACAGGUUUAAGCGGGCAAUUGCAGAAAACAUUUCUGACAGGCAUACCUUCACUUAGACGCUCAGAACUUGAAAUAGCUUGUGAAGAUUUCAGCAAUAUUAUUGGUUCUUUGUCAGAUUGCACAUUGUACAAGGGAACACUGCCCAGUGGGGUCGAAAUAGCAGUGACAUCUACAAUGGUUAUUUCGGCCCAGGAUUGGUUAGAACAAUAUGAAGCUCACUUCAGAAAGAAGAUAUCAAUGCUGUCCCAGGUAAACCACAAGAAUUUUAUGAGCCUUCUUGGCUCUUGUGAGGAAGAAGAGCCUUUCACCAGGAUGAUGGUGUUUGAAUAUGCUCCAAAUGGAACACUUUUUGAGCAUUUGCACAUUAAAGAAGCAGAGCAGUUGGAUUGGGCUGCACGUCUGCGGAUAGCCAUGGGAGUAGUGUACUGUCUAGAGUACAUGCUCCAGCUCGACCCUCCUGUAGUUCUUAGAAAUUUGAACUCAUCAUCUAUAUAUCUAACUGAAGAUUAUGCGGCCAAGGUUUCAGAUCUUGGGUUUUCUGAUGAUGAAAGAGAUCCUGAGUCGGCUGCUGAUGCCUCAGACCAGGAGAGCAUUGUUUAUAAAUUUGGGAUACUACUGCUGGAAAUAAUUUCUGGGAGACUUCCAUUCUCCAAGGAUGAUGGCUUGCUUGUGCUCUGGGCUUCAGCUUAUCUUACUGGGAAAAGACCCCUUAGAGACAUGGCUGACCCAACGCUCAGAUCGGUUCGAGAGGAAGAUAUCAGUGCACUGUGUGAGUUGAUAAAGUCCUGCAUAAAUCCAAAGCCAGAGGAGAGACCAACAAUGUCAGAGGUUGCCAACCAGAUGAGGCUAAUUACAGCAAUCCCACCGGUUGAAGCAACUCCGAAAUCAUCUCCAUUGUGGUGGGCUGACCUAGAAAUUGUAUCUUCAUAGGCUGGCUAGGAAUGAAGAAGCAGGCAACAGCUAAUGCGAAUUUCCCUUUUUGUUUUACAAUAAUUUUUAUUUUUCUUCCUUUGCAUCAGCUAUUUGUAUAUAAUCCUGGGAACCGAUUAAAAUUGUACAGUCUAGGUUUUGCUUAGCUGUGCAGAAAAUCAAGGAUGGUGAAUUUUGGAGAAUGCCAAGAAUUGGAGACCUUUAUGAAGAAUUAUACGUGA